AUGGGAGGACUCGAGACAAUGGGGCCAUCUUCCAGCGGACUUAAAGGGGAACGCGUCUCCGGGAAACCGGAUCCGGUGUCAUGCGGUCUAAUUGGCGCGCGCUCGCAGGACGGAGGGCGUUCGGGUUCUCAGCGGGUCAGACGAGGACCCGCGUCCACGUGGAAGCUGUCACGUACAGUGGGAGGAACGGGUCCACAUCUCCUUUAAAACAAACUGGGUCAAACUCCGCGAGGUUCUGGAUGUGCACAAACCCUUUGGUGCCACAGAGCAUCGCAGUCACAGUGCGCUAAAAUGCUUUCCGCUGGCAAUUCAAUUAAAGUAGAAGUGGAAUAAAGCCAUUACUGGCACAUUUCUAUUAAGUCUCGUCACUGGUCAUCUUCUCGAGCGGCGCGCGCCCUCUAGCGGACGUUAAAGGCGUGACGCGCACAACUUCAACAUCACACUGGUUUUACUGUUUACUGUACGUCCAUUGUGCCCUGAACGAAUGAGUGCACGCGCAAUCCACGUACGCAGAUGAUUAAUGCGCAUUAAACGUUGUGUUUGUGAACAGCUGCAUCUUUAAACAGGAGCGGGACCUCGUUUUACGCACUGCCCCGUGCGCAGGUGCCACACACCCACGCCACGUGGAGCCCGUCCGGCGUAAACCCAGCCUCCGGUCCUCCCGUGACAUCCUGCAUCGUCCCGUCUUUCACUGGGUCUUUCGGCUUCUCUGUCACGUCUCACGCGGCCAAUCGCGGCUCGGCAGAGGAGCGCGCGCCUCUAUAAAGGCUGACAGCGCGCCGCUGUCAUCCAGAGCGAUGUGACGGGGCAUCGCGCUGCUCGCACGGCUGAGGCGCGCUCACGUGGCCUGGCACGGCUCCGGGUGCCCACGCGUAAAGAUGGACGACACGUUUAACCACAGCGGGGGGCUGAACCGAAGUUCACCUGCAGACGAGAAAUUCAACUUCGAAGACAUCGACGUGGGCGCGGACGGGACCCCGAUCCUGAGGAUCGUCAUCUCCGUGGUGUACUCCGUGGUUUGCGCCGUGGGCUUAGUGGGGAACCUGCUCGUUUUCUUCCUCAUGAGGUUAAGGCAAGGUCGGAAGAAGUCCACCAUCAACGUGUUCAUCAUCAACCUGGCAGUGACGGACUUCCAGUUCGUGCUCACGCUGCCCUUCUGGGCCGUGGACACCGUGCAGGACUUCAGCUGGCCGUUUGGAGACGCCAUGUGCAAGAUCAUCCUCUCCAUCACCGUCAUGAACAUGUACGCCAGCGUGUUCUUCCUCACCGCCAUGAGCGUGACCCGCUACCUGGCCGUGGCCUCGGCUCUGAAGAAGAGGCACUACAGCAGGUCGCGGUGCGUGAGGUGGGUGUGCGCGCUGCUGUGGGUGGCGGCGACGGUGGCCACGGCUCCCACGGCCGUGUUCUCCACCGUGACCGUGGUCGCUGGAGAGAAGCUCUGCCUCCUCAGGUUCCCCGAGGGACAUGACUGGCUCGCCCUGUAUCACAUCCAGAAAAUACUCAUAGCCUUCAUAAUCCCCAUGUUCAUCGUGUGCGUGAAUUACCUGAUGCUGCUGCACUACGUCAGACAGCGGAGCAUGGACAGCAGGAACCCGAGGCGGAGAUCCAGGGUCACCAAAUCCGUCGCUAUCGUGGUUCUGUCGUUCUUCUGCUGCUGGAUGCCAAAUCACGCCAUCACGUUCUGGGGCGUCUUGGUGAAGUUGAACGCGGUCAACUGGGACAAAGCCUAUUACAUGGCGCACACGUACGUGUUCCCCGUCAGCGUGUGCCUGGCGCACGCCAACAGCUGCUUGAACCCCGUGCUCUACUGCCUGAUGAGGCCGGAGAUCAGGAAGCUGCUGAGCGCAUUGCUGUGGAGGGGCUCCCCGUCCUCCAGCAGGCGCUGCCCGACGCGCUCCUUUACGCACGGAGAAGCCGGAGGAGUCGCGCCUCUGCAGGUCGUGGACGGCGCAGAAUACUCGCUGUCCAUCAUAGACCGCAAAGGCUCCACGAGCUCCAAAGUGACGGAGCACAAGCGCUAAUUUAAGUUCAGCGAAGGCAGAGUAGACGUGUAGAUGUGUCGUGCGUAAUUCCAGCUCCCUGGUGUUUGAAGGACACGCAGCUGCGCAUCAUGUCAUUGUCAAGUGUAGCGACUUCUCUCCUCUAAAAUGCAGCUACCUGUAGAUUUUAUUUGUGCCCUGUGAAAAAAAGCUUUUAUGGCAUUUUAUGAGCAAACAAGAUACGUUGAGGACGCAGGAGACGAGGAAGUAACGGUAAUAAAGGUUAAAAGGAAAAACAACGCUGCAACCUUUUCUAUUCAUGUACAGCCUGAAAAGCCCGUCUUCAAAUAAAUCACCCUUUUCCAUGAG